ACUGACAGCAUCAUGUAGUGAAGUUACGGCAUCCAAGCGAUUGUCGGAUGUGUGCGCAUUUCUUUCCUGAGUGCUGCGGUCAGGCGCUGGCGGCUGAAGAGGGGCUCUGGUGGGUAGUGGCUAGCUAGUUGCAGUUAUAGAUGCCAUAAAUAUCGUUUCAUCGGACAGAUUAUUGUGAAAACAGCAAACCUGAACGAUUUUUUUUUAAAUCCCUAAAGUAGCUACAUAUGAAAAGCCACGACCGUAGGGCAUUUUUGCACAGAAUGUGUAAAAACAAGCUUAAGCCCACUUUAUUGAGUAUUGAGCAAAUAUCUCUGAGAAGAAAUUGCGCAUUGCUUUCCAACUCGACAACCGCCCGACACAUCGCUAUACCAUGACGCAGGAGCGUAAUCAAUUAUGCAGUCACGCGUUAACUUACGUAAAUAUACAGACAUGGUAAGGCCAUGCCUUGCUUGUAUUUCGAAGUCAAAAUGUCCACCUUAAAAUUUAAACGGGGUUAAAGUAUAACCACACCUAUUAUGCAAAGUCCUUGGAAGUCGGAAAGCUAAUAAGAUUGUGAGAAAGCUAAUAAGAUUGUGUACUUGUUUACAAACUGAGGCUUCGUCCACGGAGAGAAUCGGGCAGGCCAGGGGAAAACUUGUGUUUCCGGUAACCUGACCGACCCAACCAGAAAUCUGCUGAUCCUAGCCUUUUUGGGGACGACCACUUGCAAGGGACAUAAAGAUUUCGAUCUGACAUCGUUGUAGACGUUUCAGCACGUCCUCCUUAAUGUUGCAACAGAAAUUGCACUUGUGCAAUGUAUAUCUGCAUUAUUGAAAUGUGAUGCUGGUCGUGGUGUUUUGUAUUACAUUUGUAUUUUAAACUGUACUUGCUGGAUCCAAUUUUGGCCUAAAUCUGAGCAAACAAACGAAGCCAAAAUCAUCAGGUAAUCCAUUCCUACCCGACCCUAUUUUUUUCAGGACCAUAAUUAGAAAACACGACAUUACUUUUCCCAGGCCUUACCACGGGGCCGUUUCCUCACGACAGGUGUGUUGGCAGUUGGCAGGGCAACGAUACUGACAACAGCAAUCUGCCAGGUCGUUCUGGAACGGCUGCAUACUAGUAUGCAAUGAGCUUAUGAAACUUGAAGGAUAUAUGGUUCCGGACCGAACGUAUUCAAGUUAACGUCGUUUUAGAUGAGAAGUACGAUUGUGGCACGCCUAGAGGACCGGAUGACCAUGGUAACAGUUUGAUACAGAGGUAGCCACACGUAACAACUAUACACGCAGCAGUUACGAGCCAUGGGCUGUUCAUGUUCGUCUGUGCGGGAAAGGGACGUGGGUUACCCGCCGAAACUGGUAGCUGUUCACUACCCCGGGAUGACACAGUCUCCCGUCAAUAUCGACACAGUGGACCCGCUGGUGAUGUACUGUGACGCCUACCUGUUGUCACAUCCGCUAACACUGCAGAACUACCGGCCAGGAUGCGCCCGGAGGAUGGUUAACGAUGGGAACACCUUUAAGAUAGAGAUGCGUCAGGAAAAACAAGAGUCAGUUGCUUCUCUACCGGGUCACAUCACUGGCGAUAGCGAAGCAAACGUGCCUAAAAUAAGCGGAGGCCCGCUGCAUGAUGAGUUCAAGCUGCUACAGAUCCACGCACACUGGGGCGCCACGGACCAGGACGGGUCCGAGCACACGGUGGACGGGGACGUCUUUCAGGGAGAGGUACAUCUGGUGCACAUGAACACCAAGUACCCCUCCUUCGAACAAGCGCUGACCAAACGUGACGGACUGGCCGUACUUGGAGUAUUUCUUCAGCUCACAGACGAAGGGCAUGAGGGACAUGAAAGUUUCAAAACCAUCACAGACAAGCUGGACAGUAUCAGUUAUAAGGGCGACAGUGUUGACCUCGAUGACAACUUCAACCCACAAUGCCUCAUUCCAGACGAUCACCAAAAGUACUGGUCCUACCCUGGGUCACUGACAACAGGUGGUUACCAGGAAUGUGUCAUCUGGAUUAUCUUUAAGAACACCCUCAAGGUGUCUCACCAACAGCUGGAGGCACUGCGGAGUCUACGGUCCUAUCCUCGAGGGAAGGACCCUAAAAUAGUUCGCGAUCCUAUCACAGAGAGAAGACUGAGCGCUCACAUCCUGGACAACUACAGGACAACACAGCCUCUUCACAAGAGGCGCAUCAGGGCAUCAUUCCCUGGCAACUACUCUAUGUACACAUUUCAGAAAAACUGAUGGAUCUUUAGUUACUUCUUGAUGGUGGUAAGACCUAGGGAAAAAAUGUUGUUUUUCGGUUACUCUACUAACCAAAGCAAAACCCUGCCUUUUUUCUGACAUGAGCUUUUUGACCUGACAUUUGAGUGUUGAAAAUGUUGUAGAAUAGAAUCGUUGUCAAACAUGUUCUCCUUAUUUCUGUCCCAGUAGAACCUUGUGUUCACAACAUUUACCUGAAUAAUUAAAACAUGAUGUUGAAAAUAUCAGUGUACACAUUUCAAAUUUACAUUGUUAAACUAUAUGUGCUUAACAUUUUCUAAAAUGAGACAAUGGGACAUUGACAGAGUGUAAAACAUCCUUUAUUCAGCUUGACAAGAGGGAAAACUUUAAUAAAAUGUUCAUAGCUCUCUAAUGACAUUUCUCCAGUAGAACAUGAAAUACACCUGCAGCAGUGACAUAACACCAGAUACUCCAUACAGAUAUAUGUUAAUAUGAUUCUUGUAUCUAUAUAGGGACAACUACAAUGUAUGUUUCAUCUUCUUAUAAAAGAGUCAGUUCAUU